UCAUGUCGACUACUAUCCAACAAGGCCUGCGUCCUCUUUUUCUUACGUGUUUCAUUCUGGGUUUAGGCGUGUAUCCCAUAAAACAACCAAACAAAUCAAGAUUUUAUAGAUGGAUUGCAUACUUAAGUAUUCUAUAUUUUUUGGUGAAAUGGUUUGUUUAUGGCUACGUUUUUUUCUAUAUGUUCACCGUUUUUCCACCGAAAAUCUUAUUUCGGAGCAAUUUUACUAUGAUAAUUAUAACAACGAUUAACCAUUCUACUGCAAUUAUGUUUGCAUUUUUAAUUUUUUAUCAUCAAAAGCAUGUCCGAAAAAAACUCCGAGGUGUUGAACGCAAGUAUUUUGGCCACCAUGCGAUGGUGUUUUGAGCAUAUUCGUAAAGCAACAAUAUUCAAGUUUUAGUUCAAAUGUUGUGCAGACUGUGCUCAACAACCGGUUCCCAGGAAAAUGAAUAGGCAGAAGUUUCAAAUAUAUAUGAAGAAACUUGCCGCAGUGGAUGAUACUUUAGAAAAGCUAGGCACUCCAAAGACGUAUCGAAAAUUGCAUAUGUUAUCAAGAAGAGUGAUAAUUGGAUGGAUUGUGUAUAUUCUUAUCAUAGAUAUUUACAAUAUAAUGUGGUGGUCCAACAAUUUAAAACAAGUUUCUUGGGGAAUUCUUUUAUUUCCCAUAAUGAAUCAUUCUACUCAUAUUAAUGAAUUCACAGACUUAAUAUUUAUCUUCUUGUUGUGGUAUAUCGGUGUCAGAUUUGACAAAACAAACGACCAUCUGCAUGGUUUAUUGUUAAAAGAAGAGCAUGGACUUAAGUAUAUGUGGAAGAAACCUGUUGUUAUUCGUGGAUAUUUUUUGCAUAGACAUAAUUACAAGCGGACAUUCUGGACCUCAAUGCAUCUUCAUUUAAAAUUAUGCCAUAUUGCUCGUGAAUUUAACGAGAUAUUUGGAAUACAAAUAAUUUUUGAAAUGGUGCAAUUCCUUGGAAACUUAACAUCAAUUUGUUAUUAUAUCUGGCGUACAUUGGAACAGAAACAUCAUGAUCACAAAAAAUUACUAUUAAAUUUUUUUCGCUUUAGUUCUUCGUUUUUUGCACGUUUAAUCAGACUUUAUGCGGUAAAUCAUAUUUGUGAAAGUGUUAAGAAUAAGGCUAACAAUAUUGAUAAAGUAAUUCAUCAAUUGACAAAUACUCUUCGAUAUGCUGAUAUCUGGAAAGAGAUUGAUUUCUUUGUUUUGCACGUAAUGCAACAUCCCCUGAAGUUUACUGGAUUGGGUUUCUUCUAUCUUGGGAAUCAGUUUCUUCAAAAGUUUUUCACAACAAUUGUAACGUUUGUGAUUAUUAUGGUACAGUUGAAUGUACAUUCAUAUUCUGAUACUUACAAUUAGCUUUUAAGAAUAGGAGUAAUAAAAUUGCUCGUUUAGUUAAGAAUCGCAGCAUCAAAAUUACUUUUUGCAAUUAUAUCAGUAAAAUGUCAUUUAGCUAAUGUAUUAGUUAAAUAUGAAGGAAUAUUAAAUUGCAUC